AUGUCACCACCGGCCUCUGGAGGAUCGAAGGAGUCAAACCUGGCUCGCCUGCUCGGUUCAGGUUCCGCUGGUAUUUCUGAGCUGGCAAUUUUCCAUCCCGUUGCCUCCGCCAGCCAAUUGAACCAGGUCAUCUUCAAGGACAAGGCCUCGGCGCCCUUUGGACGAAAGUUUGUGUCGCUGUUCCCGGGCCUGGGCUAUGCCGCCGGAUACAAGGUCCUGCAGAGGAUAUACAAGUAUGGAGGCCAGCCCGUUGCGCGCGACUUCUUGGGCAAGCACUACGGCAAGGACUUUGAGAAUGCCUUUGGCAAGAAGACCGGCAAGGCCAUCCUGCACUCGACUGCUGGCAGCUUGAUCGGCAUCGGAGAAAUCGUCCUGCUGCCCCUCGAUGUGCUCAAGAUCAAGCGCCAGACGAACCCCGAGGCUUUCCGUGGCCGUGGCGUCCUCAAGAUUGUCGCUGACGAGGGUUUCGGCCUGUAUCGAGGCUGGGGAUGGACUGCUGCUCGAAACGCUCCCGGGUCUUUCGCUCUCUUCGGAGGCUCUGCUUUCGCCAAGGAGUACCUGUUCCACCUUGAAGACUACAACAAGGCCAGCUGGUUCCAGAACUUUGUCGCUUCCAUUGCUGGUGCCUCGGCCUCGCUCGUCGUCUCUGCUCCCCUCGAUGUCAUCAAGACCCGAAUCCAGAACCGCAACUUUGACAACCCCGAGAGCGGCUUCCGAAUCCUGACCAACAUGGCCAAGAACGAGGGUCUGCCCAGUUUCUUCAAGGGCCUUGUUCCCAAGCUGCUCAUGACUGGACCCAAGCUGGUCUUCUCUUUCUGGCUUGCCCAGACUUUGAUCCCUGCUUUCGACACCAUGUUCGCCAAGCAGCAGCCGAACCACGCAUAA